AUGGGUUUUAGGGACCUCGAGUGUUUUAACAAAGCAAUGUUGGCUAAACAAUGCUGGAGGUUGAUUCAAGAACCUGAUUAUCUAAUAGCCAAUAAGCUAGACACAUUGUGGAAGCAGGCUCCUGUUGUAGGACUGGUAAUGGGAGUGAUGUCCAUAUAUGGCAGAUGGCUUGGUCAUUCUGCUCCUAGUAAGGUUUUUAGUCCUAUCAAGAAGUUGGACUGUGAAGCUACUAUGAGCUCUAAAGAUGGUUGCUUCUCAGUUAGGAGUGCUUACCGUAUGGAGAAAUCGAGGGAACUGGCAGAAAAGGGUCAAGCAUCAAGGAGUAACCAAUUUGAAGAAGUUUGGAAGCAAAUCUGGCAGCUCAAUGUGCAACCUAGUGAUAAAGUUUUAUUGUGGAGGACUUGUCUCGAGGCUCUUCCUACCCAGUCCAAUUUACUUAAGAAGAAAGUUGUAGAUCAUCCUUUAUGUCCCAUUUGUUGUAUGGCAGAAGAGAAUGUGAUUCAUGCUCUAUGGAGAUAUGAGUAUGCUAAGAAUGUCUGGAGUCAGUGCUCUAAAAAAUUGCAAAAAUGUUACCUGCCUCGAUCCUUUAUGUUGGAACUUUUUGAUGCAGUUCUAAACUCAAUGGAGACUCAGGAAGGCAGAGUUAUUCUUGACAUGCUGGCAAAGGAGGAUCUUAAUAGAAGCAACAUGAGUAAACAAUUAUGCUCAGCAACUGCAAAUUGGAAGGCCCCUCCCUUGAAUUGGUUCAAACUAAAUUGGGAUGGAUCUGUUGAUAAAAUGCAAGGAUUUAUUAGAGUUGGUGUGGCUGUGAGGGAUAGUGCGGGCCAGAUUAUAGCAACAAUGAGACUAAGAAAGCACUUGUUUCCAAACCCUUUGCUGGUUGAGGCAUAUGGAGUUCUUCAGGCUAUCAAGUUUGGUUUGGAUCUAGGACUCAGCUAUGUUAUUAUUGAGGGGGAUUCCUUACAAGUUAUCAAUGCUCUACAUAAGGAUAAGGAAGACUGGAGUAGUGCUAGUAUGUUUAUGUGUGAAGCUAAACAGGUGAUGACAAAUUUUGCUAAGUGA